AUGGAACCCCAAAAAGACCUAGUGGAUGUGAAUUUCACUUCAGUGAUGGAAUUUGUUCUUUUGGGAUUUUCUGAUAUUCCCAAUCUCCAGAUGUUUCUUUUUGUGAUGUUUCUGUUUAUCUAUGUGGUAACUCUGAUGGGAAAUGGCAUCAUCAUCCUCAUAACCAGGACUGACCAGACUCUCCAGACUCCCAUGUAUUUUUUCCUCAGUAAUUUUUCCUUCUUGGAAAUCUGUUAUGUGUCUGUCACUCUUCCUAGAAUGCUCAUAAACCUUUGGACUCAGAAAAGGCACAUUUCUUUGUCUGCUUGUGCAACACAAAUGAGUUGUGCCCUUAUGUGUGGAAACAUAGAGUGCCUGCUUCUUACAGUGAUGGCCUAUGACCGCUACAUGGCCAUUUGUAGCCCUCUGCACUAUCCUCUAGUCAUGAACCACAAGGUAUGUGUCCAGCUGGUGGCUGCCUGCUGGAUCACUGGAGUUCCAGUUGAGAUAGGGCAAACAUGCCAGAUUUUCUCUCUGCCCUUUUGUAGAUCCAACCAAAUCAAUCACUACUUCUGUGACAUCCCCCCAAUACUAAAGCUGGCCUGUGGGGACACUUUUCUGAAUGAGAUGAUGGUCUUCACAGUUGCUGUGCUGUUUGUCAUGAUCCCUUUUCUGUUGAUUCUUGGCUCCUACAUUAAAAUCACCUCCACCAUCCUGAAGUUGCCACUGGCAACAGGAAGAGCAAAGGCCUUCUCCACCUGCUCCUCUCAUGUCAUGGUUGUGACUUUAUUUUUUGGAUCUGGAAUCAUUACAUAUUUACGACCUAAAUCCAAAAAUUCCUCCAGAACAGACAAGUUUUUCUCUCUUUUCUAUACCAUUGUCACCCCGAUGUUUAACCCCCUGAUAUACACUCUGAGGAAUAAGGAUGUCCUGAUGGCAUUGAGAAAAUUGUUACCUUAA